AUGAAGGUGAUCCCGGUGAGAGGAAAAGCCGUCCAGACUCCUUAUCCCGGUCAUCCAGCACCGGCUCGACUUCGUCGUGAUCGGAAACAAUUCGUUCCGUUCGUUUAUUCGGCGCCUGGCGGUGGCACGGCGAGGACCCCGAAAAGGAAAGGAGGACAAGGAAAGGGGAAGCGUCAUGCAAAGAAAGCCGCUACACCGAUUCGAAAAGUGAAAGACGGGAAAAUCAGCAAGAAAACCGCGAAAGGAAAAGUGGAAAAGGCGAAGAAAGAAAAAGCAAAAACCGCAAAGAUUCGCAAAGUGGGCAACGAUCGUUUAGUGGCUCGACCGGGGGUGAAAGAAUAUGCGGUCAAUCCCUUCAUUUUCGGGAAAAGCAAUCCCGAUUACGUCUCCUCGGCCACCCAACACCGAGCCGUUUACAGGGCGUUGAAGAAAAAGGAUAUGAAAGAGUUCAAAGCGAUUGUUUCGCAGAAAAAUUUCGACCUUAACCUUCUGCAAACAUCGUUCUCGUAUCUUGUUUGGGAGACUCCCCAGGCUGUUGUGAUGACUUCAGGGGAUAAAAAACUCAUCGAAGAAUACUUGAAAGAAUUGCCGAAACUUCAGAAAAUCGAACGAGAGGUCGCGCAUGAGCCGAAUCUCUUGCAAAGGCGCUCAGUUGGUCAUCGCAACUUCUUUAUGUUGGGUCGAAGGACUCGUCAGAUCGAGAUGAGUAGAGGUGCACGCGAGGGAAAUAAUGCGCUUGUCAUCUAUCAGGAAAAUGAUCGAAACCAUCACUACUGUUAUCCAGAUGAGCGCGUGCGGACGCUGUUGAGUGGAAUCGAUUUCCUCACGAUGGACAAAAUUCAAUCGGAAUGUGAAAAAUGUCAAGGAGUCGAAGCUUUCGAACCAUCCGAUCUCAUCAACGUCAUCCGCUUUGGGCUCCGUGAGACCGCAUCAAAUGUGAUCAAGCUGGUGCACAAUCAUGAUGUCAACGAGCUCCACAAGAUCACGCUCGAGGGCGGAAAGUUGCCGGCACGAAUCCUGAGCAUUUCCAUCAAGAAAAAGGCAUUUGAGAAUCGAUGCGUCACUCCGAUGCACACUGCUGCUAUCAAUCCAAACGUCGAAUACUUGAAAGCUUUUCACGCGAUUGAGCCCAACAUCAGCAUGGUUGACGUCGAUAAUUGGACAGUUGCUCAUUAUGCUUCAGUCUGCUCUGGCACUGGUCCCCUCAAAUAUUUGAUCUCAAUGAACACUCCACUUUUGGUGAUGAACAAACGAGAGGAGACACCGUUGCAUUGUGCCGCGAGAGCUGGAAGAAUUGAUUGUGUCAAGACAUUAUUGGAAUGGUACGACAAGUACGAGAAUCAGACAAAGGAUGGGAAAGUACAAAAUGAUGAGGAAACUGAGGCUGAGGAUGAAGAAAAUGAGGAUGAGCCGAGAGCAAAGAAGGCAAAGAAGAUAAAGGUGGAUCCGACCAAAUCGAUCAUCAACUACAAGGAUCGUCGCGGUUUCACCGCUCUUCAUUUAGCCGUUUUGUGGGAAAGGCACGAUGUAGUGAAAAUCUUGCUAAAGCACCCGAAAAUCGAUGUCGAAGCGCAGACGACAGCCGGCGAUAAGAAGAUCUCACCGUUGUCGAUUGCCUGCGGCACGGGACAGCUUGAGAUGACAAAAUCGCUGAUUGAUGAUGGGAAAGCGCUGAUUGAGUCGAAAGACAAGCUCCGCCGCUCUCCACUUCUCCACGCAGCGAUGAACGGUCAAGAUCACGUUGUUGCCUAUUUACUCAAAAAAGGAGCCGAUUUGAAAAAGUCUGAUUCCUCUGGCAACUCACCGGCUCACUACGCAGCUGCUUACGGAUUUUUGUCAACGCUGAAGAUUCUGGCUGAGGUCGAUCCCUCAUGUCUUUCGGCGAGCAACGAUUGGCAUUUGACUCCAUUGAGCGUCGCAUAUUUGAAAGGUCACUACGGAAUCGUUUCGUGGAUGCUAGACGGAGAGCACUCAAAGGAUGUGGAAAUCAAUUGCAAGGACAACGAGGGCGUCACUCUCAUCUCAUCACUUCUCUCUUAUUUUGACGAGAAUUUUGCGCUACAAUUGCCCGAACAGAUCAAAUUCCUCACUGAGAGAGGUGCCGAUUGUUCGAUCGGGGAUGGGUCGGGGACAACACCGCUGCACAUUUUUGCGAGUCUCAAAAUGCCGCUUUGUGAAAAAAUGGCAAAAAAUGACACGAAAUGUCUCACAAUCGAUCAGUACAAGGCAUGUGUGGAUCUUCUGUUAAAAGCCGGCGCCUCGGUUUCAGCUCAACAUGAAGAGGGCGCCACACCGUUUCAAAUCGCUUUGGAGAGUGGAAAUCUUUUAUUGGCUGAAUAUCUUCUAUCAAAAGCACAAGAUGAGAAAUCGAUUCUAAUCACGAAAGAGAGCAAUCUUUUCGAGCAUUUGUUUGCACUGCCCGAGAAAGUCAAUGGCGAGACAAAAAUUUGGCCAAAUCCGACUGCUCCACUUAAAGUGCAAUACGAUAUUUCAAAUUUGCUCGACACCAUUCUCCAAGCGGUUCCCGAGAAAGCGAAGGAAUGGUUGAAUAAGAAGCAAAAAGAGGCUCCUGGAACGCCGGUGACAUUGAUUGCUUUAACCUACAUCAAGUUUGCCAACCAAGCGACAACCAACAAUUGUCCUAAUCAAAAACAACUGGGCAACGUGAUAGGUGUGAUUUUGUUGAAUGCGCUGAGGAAAGUGCUUCAAUUUGCGCCAGAGACCCUCAAUCAGGCUGAUCCCGUGCUAAAGGAAAAUCAAGUUAGCCUCAUCCAUACUGCGGUGACCGACACGAAAGAAGGGAAAUUGCUCGAUUUGGUUUUCAAAGAGGCGACCACUCAAAAAAGAUUGGCUGAGCUGUUGUCGAUGAGGAAUUUAGUGUUGGAGACACCGUUGCAAGCGGCCAUUUGCAGUUGUGACGAGGAAAAGGUGAUCAAAAUCCUCAAAGUUUCCAAAGAGCAUGGUUGUGCUGACGGUGUGCACAAUGCACUUAUCCAGAAAUGGAUUGAUAUCGAUAAGAAAAGAGUCUCCUUAUCAAAAUCGGUGGUUCACAUGUUAGUUGAGAAAGAAAUGAUUAAAGCGUUGGACGAUUUGGAGUUGAGUGACGAGGAGUGGCAGAGAACGGAUAAAGACACGUCACUCGUAUUGGCCGAGCAUCAACCGCGCGGAAACUCAGCCUAUCACUAUGCUUGUCGAAGCUUGAACACAAAAACGAUUGCUUUACUUAAAAAGCUAAGAAAGCCAAAUGAGUCUGGCCUCGGUGGAAUGUCACCACUUCACGUGGCUGUCGACGCAGAGAGAACCUACUCAGCUGAUGCGUUCAUUGAGCCGAUCGAGUUCGUCGCCGAGAUGUGCGACGUGAAUGCGAGAGAUGAGAAAGGUCGAACCGCUCUUCACUACGCUUUCACAAAAGCCACAGAUGAAAGCCCACAAAAAUGCGAUCCUAUCGCCGUCGUUUCCCUUCUUUUGCGAAUGAUGGAUUCGAAAGCGAUUUGUGUCGCUGACGAGGACGGGAACACGGCGUUGCACAUGGCAGCGAUGAGAGACGCAAAUAUUUGCGCGGUUACCCUGCUGCAUCAUGGAUGUUCGCUCGACGCGACGAAUAAAGGUGGAAACACGGCACUCGGCUUAGCUGUCUACAAGCAAUGGCCACAAACAACGCUCACACUCAUCCAGGCACAUGCAGACAUCCAUAAAAAGAUCUUCGGACCAGAGCCAGAGAAAACUGAAAAUGAUGAAUGGACAUGGAUAACAGAAACGCGAGCAGAAGCUGAGAGACUCAUUCAAAGUGUCCCCGAGAUGGUGGUACGAAAUGAAUGGCACUCAAUGGUUUACGUCAUUUUGGAUCUUCUGGAAAAGAGUCCGACGACUGUGGGCGAAUUGGCGAAAGCUGCACUAGGAAAUGGACAAAACAACUUCUCGCAAUAUCUCCUCAAACUAUUGCAAUCGUCAAUCACCGCUUUUACACGAAAGGGAAACACAAUCGAUUUGGCGUCGAUGAAAUUGAUGCAAACGUUCAUCAAUGGGAUGAAAACAAAUCUUGACGAAUCCUCCGAAAAAGUGUUGUCCAUUCUUUUGGACUUUGGAAUUGAAUGGAUUGAUGCGAAUGGGGAAAGUGAAAUUCUUGAAGCGGCCUCGAAGAGAGGAUUUUGGAAAUUGAUCGUUUAUCUGAAGAAUCACCAAACUGGAAUCCUCCAAUGGCCGAGGGUGACAGUGCUGGGAAAAGCGAAGAUUUUGUCAGGUUUCAUCGAAUGUUGGACGAAUUUCUGCGCUACUGAUGAUGUAAAAGCGGGAAUUGAAGCUCUUGCAUCAGACGAGGUCUUCAAUCAGAUGGUCGAUUACCCGAAAAUCGCUCUUGAUGGUUAUCCAUAUAGCUUAAAUCCACCAGAAAUCCAUAAGUCGACCGCAAUGAUUCGAGCGAUUGAGGCUCAAAACCCGGAGUUGAUCGUCUUCCUUCAAAACCUUAAAUGCCCGCUUCCGUCAAAUGCUUUGAUGUUGGCGGUGAACACAAAUCAGAGAAGCGUCGUGAAAGCUGUUUGCGAGGGAGUGAAAGAGGAGUUGCCGGUCACAAGUCAGCUCAAUCAAAAUGGACUAAUUGGCAGACGUUUUGUGCAAAAGAAGCGCAUCACGCAGAUGCGGGCAACUUUCAUGGGCACUUUUGCGCACAAUCGGAAACGCCCGCCAAUCUCGAUCGGUCAACAAAAUGGAAACAGCAAAAAGAAGCGGAGGAAUGAUUCGGGAAGUGGUUCGGAGAGUGAUGAAGAAGAAGAGGACAAUCAAUCAGCCACUUCAAAUGAGGAAUCAGAGCAAGAGGAAGAGGAAGACCAAAACGAACCAAAGAAAGCGCCCAAGCUCACGCUGCGACUCAAGAAAAAUAUCAAACUCGAUUUCGUCGACGAGAACGGCCGCAACGUUUUCCACUUUUUGGUCGCGCCAACCGGCUGGGAGAACACCGAUCUUUUGGAGGCCCUCUUCGACGUGGAUCGUCGUGUGGCGAAAGAUUUGCUGAACCAAGCGGACAACGAUGGAGUGACACCGAAAAAGCUGGCCGCAAAGCUUAUGCAAAGAAAGAUGUACAAAGCGAUGGCGAAACUCACGGCUGGUGGAGCUAAUGAGAUGGAAAAGAUCCCAGCUCAAAAUGUCACCGCGCUUGUCUCAAAAUACGAUUUCGAUGCAGAUGCCAAGCAAUUCAUUGAGAAAUACGUAAAAGCACAGAAAGAGAAAGAUGCACAAAAACCUGAGGAUCGCACGCCACACUCGAAAUCGGGAUACGAGAAAACUGGAGAAAUCGUGAGAGAUGAUGAGACUGGGCAAUUGUUUAAGAUUCUCCUCAACAAAACCGAUCUUCAAUACGGCACCUACGGCUUCCACAAUUAUUAUCGAAUGGAAUUACUGAAGAGAAAGGAUGCCGAAUUGUACAUCUUGUUCACGCAUUGGGGUCGAAUCGGAGACGCGCGCGGAGAGCACCAAACGACUCCUUUCAGCGAGCAAGCAAAGGCGAUCAAAGAGUUCAAAUCGGUAUUCCGUCAGAAGUGCGGUCAGGACUGGGGACCAUUCGACAAAUUCCAAGAAAUCGAGAAGAAAUAUCGACUGAUUAAGAUCAACAACAACUCGGUGAAAGUGCGCUUGCAUCGUUUGCCGAUCGAGUUGAACACGGAGGACACGGAGGAUCAGAUCUACAAAUUCAUCAAGGAUAUCGGGAACGUGAAGAGUCUCGGGAAAAAUUUGAAACAGGUUCGAAUCGGAAACGUGCAAAUCGACAGCCCGUUGGGUGAAAUAAGCAAAGAAGAUGUGAUAAAAGCACGAGAAAUCAUCAAAGAGAUCACUGAAUUAAAUGAGGAAAUCGAUAAAAUCCGCGCCGACAAGAAUCCCAAUGUCGACAAAUUGCUUGCCUCUCUCAACAAACAGCGUCAACUUUCCUCGAAAUUCUUCUCACACAUCCCGAUGGGCGGUUUCGAUCACACGGCAAUCCCCGUUCUCGACAAUCAACAAUGGAUGAGAUAUUGUGAAGAAGCGUUGAAUACAUUGGAGGAUGUUGAAAUCGCGACUCGAAUCCUUUGCGCAUCGUCGUGGCGAAACAAGGAAUGCGAUUCAAUUCGUUACAUCCAAUCGGCGAUGGAAUGCGAUUUCCGCUCGUUGUCUCCGAAAGAACCGAUCGCUCAGCGAAUCUUGCAAUGUAUUAGAGAAUCGAGCAAGGCCAAAGUACUUGGAAUGAUCGAAGUGACGAGCCGGGUGAGCACCGAGAAAUUCAACAAACACAUCAACGAGGAUGGGCAAAUUUACUUGUGGCAUGGAACAAAAGCGGUGAAUCUAAUCAGCAUUCUGAAGAACGGUUUCCACUCUCAACCCUCGAACGCUCUUCAAUGCGGACAAGCCUACGGAAAGGGAGUCUAUUUCGCGGACACUUUCUCAAAGAGUGAAGCCUAUUCCCAGCCGUCGGCUGCUGGUGUCAACUAUAUGUUGUUGUGCCAGAUUGCUCCAGGAAAAACGUUACGCGGAACGGAUUUCCUUUUCGAGACGCCGAAACAAUUCAACUUCGACACACGCUACGUGACCGGGACAAAGGGGCCAGAUAUGCUUCAAGCUGUCAACAUUGACGGUGUUACGGUUCCGUGCGGGCCGCUCGUCACCCAGCAAGCUCAAUCAUAUUGGGGUUCACCAUGGAGUGAGUACAUUGUGCGAGAUGUGGCCAGAACUCGCCCCAAGUACAUCAUUUUGUGGAAAGCGAAU